AAAAGACGUGGAUAAUUCAGGCAAAUCACUGUACCGCUAAAAGUCAUCGCAACGGUCACUUUUUGAGCUUUUAUGUCUGAUUUGUUAUUGCCCUUCUUCAUUUGCUUGAAGAAACGGAAAAUAAAUACAACGUUCUCAAAGCUUUGAAGCAAAGUUUUAAAUGCAAAUUCCAGCCAUGAAUGAGCAAGAAGAACAAGAGAGUCUUAUCAUGGCUACAGCCAAAGUGGUGGAGUAUUUGGAGCCAUUGAUGUCAAGAGAGCUUCUUUGCAAGUUCCCAGACAACUCUGCCUUUGAUUUCGACUAUACCCAAAGCUCGCUCUGGUCUCCUUUGGUCCUUCGUGCUUGCAGCCCUGCAGAUUUGGAUUUUAAUUCAAUUACACCUAGGAAGCUCGCUUUUGAGUCUGGGUUUGGCUUGGAGUUGGAGAAAAGCAAGAGUAGUGCAAAGAAAUUCAGACCCAACAUCAAGAACAUGGCCACCUCUGCUUUCAACCUUAAUCUCAAUCUUUUGAGAAACAGCAACAAUAAAAGGAAGAAAAUGGUUUCUGAUUUUUCUCCAACUCCUGUCAAGGGCGGCUGUGCCCCCAUUAUUACUAAGGGGUGGAGUAAGAUGCUGAAAGCUGCCUCCAAGCAUUUCAAGAGAAAGAAAAAAGAAUCAACGGUCCACGUGAAGCUUCCCAACUAUUUGAGAGAUUGAAAUGUUUGAAGACUAUCAAGAUAUUGAUUUGUUCAUUGUUUUAGUUAGAUAAAUUAGCAUGUAUUCUUAUUCGUUUCAUUCUUUUCAAUUUUAAACAAAACCGCCAUUUUAAAGACAUGAUCUCGAGCAUGUCAAGUGGUUGUCAUUUUUCAAUUUGUUUUAAUUCAGCAGAAAAAUCUUGACAAUUGCAUUAUUUAUGAUGACUUAUUCAAUUUAAAGCAUACAUAUUAUCUAU